AUGGCUGAGUCUCCUCCAGCUGAGCAGCUGGAAUCUGUUCUUAACACCACAGUGCAGCUGAGUGCAAAUUGGAGUUUAGAUCCUCUGAGUGAGGCUACUGGAAAAUCUGUCUUAGACUACUGGAUAAUAAUCCUCUCUCUGGUCAUUGCCGUGAUCGGGCUGGUGGGGAACAGCAUCGUCCUGUGGCUGCUGGGCUUCCGCACCCAGAGGAGCCCCUUCUCGGUCUACAUCCUCAACCUGGCCGCGGCCGACGCCCUCUUCCUUGGCAGCUACUUUGGGCUCCGCAUGUGGGUAAUUGUUGGAGAAUUAAACCUUCUCCUGGUGCUUUUAUGGCCCUGCCUCCUAGGCCUGCCGUACUGUGUGGGCCUGAGCCUGCUGGCGGCGAUCAGCACCGAGCGCUGCCUCUCUGUGCUCUUCCCCCUCUGGUACAGAUGUCACCGGCCCAAGCAGACCUCUGCGGCUGUGUGCACCAUCCUCUGGGCUCUGCCUGGCCUGUAUUGGGGAGUAUUUGUGGCUCUUCAUUUCCUUAACAAGAACCACUUCUACAAUUAUUUCUACCCCUUUCUGUGCUUCGUUGAGUUCGGCUGGUUCUUCCUCCUCACCUGUGUGCUGGGCGUGUCCAGCCUGACGCUGGUGCUGAGGGUCCAGUGCAGCUCCCAGCGCAGGCGCCCACCCAGGCUCUACCUCCUGGUGCUGCUCACAGUCCUCGUGUUCCUGCUCUGCGGCCUGCCCUGGGGGGUUAUUGAUGUAGUUUGGUUUUUUAGCGGCUCCUCUUUAAAACGUUAUAGGAUCUUCAGGCUCCUGGCCUGUGUGAACAGCAGUGCAAACCCUUUCAUUUACUUCUUCCUGGGCAGCCAAUGGCGUAAAAGAGGGAGGGAGCCGCUCAGGGUGAUCCUGCAGAGGGCCCUGGGGGAGGAGCAGGUGGGAGGGGAUGGGGGGAGGGACACUUCUAACCCCAACAUGUGGGUAAAUUAUCCUGAGGAUGAGAACAAGAUGCUCAGACAAGGGAGCCCAUGA